CUUUCCGGGUCAAUGUAAAAAUAAGACAUAGGUCUCCUAGCCGUUUUUCAGGUAGCGCUUUUAUCCAUUAUUAAGGUUUUAUUUUUAACUUCCAGACGUCGUGGGUGGCAGUUAACAUUUUUACGUAUAAUGAAACCUCUCGGAGCACGAUGGGGGUUACAAAGGUUUGGUCUUGAGGCGGAUUUAAGUAAUUAAUUGGGCUAAAUGAACAAGAUAGCAUGUGAUGUAGCCUGAGUAUUUGACCCAGGUAUCAGGUAACGAAAGGGAACGUCAACCUAAAGGAUCAAUUAAAGGACUUUGCCGCGUGUUGCAGCGCCAUCUUGCGGUGUCGUUGUAAUCAGAGGAUUUAACCCGGACGUGAAAGUGCAGCGGUUAGCAUGGGGAGCAAAGUCAGCUCCAAAAUGGCAGCUCCCACCGCCAGAGUUAUUCAGGCUGUGCGGCCUCAUGCACCUAUGAUUAAGUUUCCGACCAGACACGGUAUCCCUAAACCAAACGCCCAAGAAGCAUUAAAAACACUAGCAGUCAACUUCCAGCAACACAACACUCCCAGUUCACCAUCACCACCUCAAAUACCCAAAAGCCAAGUAUCUGUCACCCCCAUCGCUGGCAUCCCCGACACCUUGGCCUCCAUACAAGUACUUCCUGCAAGGUACCGCCGCAGACCCAUGGCGGUGGAGGAGAUGGACUACAUUCAGCGUGGUGGACCUGAGUGAUGACACAAUUUAAUGACUGCAACCAAAGUCCUUAUCUCGGCACAAAGUAAAAUAAAAUUACACAAAUCCUCUUAUAAAUGUACAUAUGUUUGUUAGAUAUGAAUCUUUCUGUUGACAGUGGAUGUCAUCUUGUCUCAACUUGGCAUGUUGACAAGCUAUCCUGCCUGAAACUGCUGCUUUAGAUUCUAUUGCAAAAUUGGGACUUUUCCCUGCAAUACUUAAGCAAACACAAGCCUUUUCCCUAACAUGGUGUGUAACUAUCAUGCAACAUCGCGCAACGCUGAGUCAGCUGGUGUUUGUUUAAUGCUGGAUCAUUAAAGCAAUACUCUUA